AUGAAAAGCCUGUUGAGCAUGUGUGAAAAACAAACCUAUGUCAAGCCAAAUGGAAUCCUGGGACCUCCACAUAUGUGCAGUAAUACAUGCCUUUAUGCUUUUGCAGGUACGCACAAUGCUAUAGCUCCUGUGGUACCAACUGCAGAUACUGAUUCUCCAUCACUCUGCAAAUCAAAUUCACCCCUUUUAGGGGCACACAAACAGAAUGAAGAUCGCCUCUUGGCUGACGUGAGAAGGUUGUCUCCACACCGGGGUGCACCCACCGUCCCACACCUCACAGCGCAGACCGGCAGCCACCCGUGGAAGCCUGGCCGUCUCCAUGCCAACUGCGCCCUGGCACCCUCCAGCCCCACGAGCAGUGUCCCAUGUGUCACGUGUGUCCCCACGCUGGCACCCUCGGCCCCCUCGGGAAAGGUUCAUGGAGAGGGGAGCAGAGAGAUGGUGUCUAACCUGGGCAAAUUGGUCAGCGCGUGGAAACCACGGCCACCCAAAACCCGGCCUUCUCUCCUCACUCCUACCCCCUUCUCCUUCCUCCCCGUCCCGCACACCCUGCACCAGCAAAGGGCAGGUUCUGACUUCCACGCCAGCAGCUGUGAACCCCAAAAUCCCCCUGUGCCCCCUCAUGCCACCACUCGGCUUCACGGCAGCCAGAGCCCCGCUUGCUGCUGCCCCCAAGCCGGCUGCUCCCCGGGAAGCAGCAGGGGCCUCACCGGGCAAAGGCGGGCCAGCCCGCGGGACCUCUCCACAGCCCCGUGCCGCGCUCCGGCCGCGGAGGGCGGACACCACCCCACGGGUUCCUUGGAGACGUUUAUUCUCCCAGAACAGUUUUAUGAAGUAUUUCGGUCGAUUGCAUUGUUUUACUGGGACUUAAUCAUGCUCAUAAUGAUGGUCGGAAACCUUGUCAUUAUACCGGUUGGAAUCACAUUCUUCACAGAACAAACAACAACGCCAUGGAUUAUUUUCAAUGUGGCAUCAGACACUGUUUUUCUAUUGGACUUGAUCAUGAAUUUUAGAACUGGGACUGUAAAUGAAGACAGCUCUGAAAUAAUACUGGACCCUAAAAUCAUUAAGAUGAAUUACUUAAAAAGCUGGUUUGUGGUUGACUUCAUCUCAUCAAUACCAGUGGAUUAUAUCUUUCUCAUUGUAGAAAAAGGAAUGGAUUCAGAGGUUUACAAGACAGCAAGAGCACUUCGUAUUGUGAGAUUUACAAAAAUCCUCAGCCUGUUACGUUUAUUACGCCUCUCAAGACUGAUUAGAUACAUACACCAGUGGGAAGAGAUUUUCCACAUGACAUACGAUCUGGCCAGUGCUGUGGUGAGAAUCUUUAAUCUAAUUGGAAUGAUGUUGCUGCUGUGCCAUUGGGAUGGUUGUCUGCAGUUUUUAGUACCAUUGCUCCAAGAUUUCCCACCAGAUUGCUGGGUGUCCCUAAACGGUAUGGUUAACGAUUCCUGGGGAAAGCAGUACUCAUAUGCACUCUUCAAAGCCAUGAGCCAUAUGCUCUGCAUUGGUUAUGGAGCCCGCGCCCCUGUCAGCAUGUCCGACCUCUGGAUAACCAUGUUGAGUAUGAUUGUGGGGGCAACUUGCUAUGCCAUGUUUGUUGGUCACGCCACUGCCCUCAUUCAGUCUCUGGAUUCCUCACGGAGACAAUAUCAAGAAAAGUACAAACAAGUGGAACAGUACAUGUCAUUCCACAAGUUACCUGCCGAAAUGCGCCAGAAGAUCCAUGAUUACUACGAGCACCGCUACCAAGGCAAGAUCUUUGAUGAAGAAAACAUUUUGAAUGAGCUUAAUGAUCCCCUCAGGGAGGAGAUUGUCAACUUCAACUGUCGGAAGCUGGUUGCUACAAUGCCUCUUUUUGCUAACGCAGACCCAAAUUUUGUAACUGCCAUGCUAAGCAAACUGAGAUUUGAGGUGUUCCAACCUGGUGAUUAUAUUAUCCGAGAAGGGGCUGUAGGUAAAAAGAUGUAUUUCAUUCAGCAUGGUGUCGCUGGUGUCAUCACCAAAUCCAAUAAGGAGCUGAAGCUGACAGAUGGCUCUUACUUCGGAGAGAUUUGCCUUUUGACCAAGGGCCGUCGAACUGCCAGUGUACGAGCAGACACAUAUUGUCGUCUGUAUUCCUUAUCGGUGGACAACUUCAACGAGGUUCUGGAAGAGUACCCCAUGAUGAGAAGGGCCUUUGAAACGGUGGCAAUUGAUAGACUUGACAGGAUAGGGAAGAAGAACUCGAUCCUUCUGCAGAAGUUCCAGAAGGACCUCAACACCGGGGUUUUCAACAACCAGGAGAACGAGAUCUUGAAGCAGAUCGUGAAGCACGACAGGGAGAUGGUGCAGACCAUCGCCCCGGUGAGCCUGCAGCAGAUGCCCGCCCUGAACUCCAGCACCUCCAGCUCAUCCUCGCGCGUCAGGACGCAGUCUCCUCCCGUCUACACCACCGGCAGCCUGUCCCACGGAAACCUGCACUCCCCCUCGCCCAGCACCCAGACUCCCCAGCAGGCCGUCAUCCUCUCGCCCUGCUCCUACACCACCGCCGUCUGCAGCCCGCCAGUACAGAGCCCUCUGGCCGGCCGAACUUUCCAGUACGCCUCGCCCACUGCCUCCCAGCUCUCCCUCAUGCAGCAGCAGCAGCAGCCACCACCGCCGCAGGCGCCCCAGCAGCCCCCCGGGGCCGGGCAGAAGAACGAGGUCCACAAGAGCACCCAGGCCCUCCACAACACCAACCUGACCCGGGAGGUGCGUCCCCUCUCCGCCUCGCAGCCUUCCCUGCCCCACGAGAUCUCCACCCUGAUCGCCAGGCCUCACCCCACCGUGGGGGAGUCCCUGGCCUCCCUCCCGCAGCCCGCCCCGGGCCCCGGCGUGCCACCGGCCAGCCGGGCCACUGUCCCCCAGCGGGUCUCUCUCUUCCGACAGAUGUCCUCGGGAGCCAUCCCCCCCAACCGGGGGGCAGCCCCCCCCCCGGCCCCCCUGCAGAGGGAUUCUUCCGCAGUCUUAAGCACAGAGCCCGAGGGAGACAAACCGCGGUUCGCGUCCAACUUGUGAUCCCCGGUAACUGUGAGACUUGUGACGAACCCAGCACCCUCCCCAGAACUGUUUUAGCCCGUUUCCUAAUGUGCCCCAGCAGUCUACUAUGAGAAAAAAAAAAAAAAAACAAAAAACAACUUUAGACAGCUUUGCCC